CUAAUGCCUGCAACGACGCGUCGUUCAAUCGUAUGUUCGCUGUUCGGCCAUUGUAACCGGAGAACUCGCAAUGUCGAGAGCACCAUCUCUCUUCAUUCGCAAUGUCCACUCCAAAGAGGAGCCGGGAUGGAGCGUCGAAACACCCAUACCUCACUGGCAACUUUGCGCCCGUGGCAAAGACCUGGCCUCCGACACCCGUCACUUGGACUGGAGACCUUCCUGAAGAGCUGCAUGGCGGCAUGUAUGUUCGAAACGGAGGCAACCCCGUCACCAAUUCCGAUCUUGGACGUGAAGCCCACUGGUUCGAUGGCGAUGGGAUGCUUUCAGGCGUGUGGUUCGAACGCUCGCCCAUUGGCACAAACAAGCCCGUCGUGCACUUUGUCAACCAAUUCAUUCUCACUGAUGUGUACCUCUCCGCCGUUGAGAACAGCUCUUUGCGGACGCCCAUACUGCCAAGCAUCGCAACACUGGUCAAUCCAAUUUCCAGCCUGAUUUUCAUCGUGUGGAGAAUCCUGCGUAGUGUUUUUAUCGUUUUGUUAUCUCGUCUUCCCGGGUCACAAUAUGCCAUAAAGAGAAUCAGUGUCGCAAACACCAGCGUUCUCUAUCAUGACGGACGAGCCCUGGCGGCGUGCGAGAGCGGACCACCAAUUCGUGUCACAUUGCCGGAGCUUGAGACUGUUGGCUGGUUCGACGGAAUCAGGGCGGAAGGCGAACCCUCUCCCCGGAUGCCGCACGGCAAGCAACAGCCUGGGCUUGGGGGAUCAGGACCGUUGAGCUGGAUUCGGGAAUGGACGACGGGCCAUCCCAAGGUGGAUCCUGUAACUGGGGAAAUGAUCCUUUUUCACUGCAGUUUUAUCCCACCCUACGUACACUAUUCCCUCAUACCAACAACAGCCACCAAAACCAUCACACCAGUCCCAGAAUCCACGAGACUACUCAAUGCUCCGGUUCCCGGGUGUUCUGGCGGAAAACUAAUGCACGACUUUGGCGUGUCAAGGCAUCACACCGUUAUCCUCGAUCUUCCGCUUACCCUGUCUCCCCUGAACCUUGCGAAAAACAGGCCUGUCGUCUCGUAUGAGCCUAAAAAGCCCGCUCGAUUUGGUGUUUUCCCUCGUCACUGUCCACAGGCGGUACGAUGGUUCGAGACCAGUGGUUGCUGUAUUUUCCACACGGCCAACACGUGGGAUGAGCUCGAUAGCGAGGGUAACACUGUUGCUGUCAACCUUCUUGCUUGUCGCCUUACGUCUGCGUCUCUAGUAUUUAGUGCUGGCAAUAUCGCGCCUCCGCCCCAUCCGAAUAGCGAGAACCCAACGCGUCGCAAGCCCGUACCUUUGUUGACUAGAUAUGAUCGCGUUGGUGCAACACAGGAUCUUGAAAAGGGACCCGUCGACGAAACCUCGCCGCUUUUAGGUCAGGUACACUCACCUGUAGGUGACGGAGAGGCGAGUAUGUCCACAAGCAUACCGAUGACGCACGACGAUCAAGAGCAAUGUCGACUCUACUACUAUCGCUUUCCAUUGAAUUCCAUGGCAUCCAACACCAUCUCGCACCAAUUUGCAUUGUCGGCCAUACCUUUCGAAUUUCCCGCAGUGUCCCCAUUUACCGACAUGGAUCACGCGCGCUAUGUUUAUGGUUGCAGUACGUCCGUCGAAUCCUUUGGCGCCGCACUGGGCAAGGCCACAAAGAUCGACGUGAUCGUCAGAAUGGAUGUCAAAGCCCUCCUUGCUCGUGCACAAACUUCGAAACCAGAAGAAAUUACAGGCUGUGUUGAUAAUCGCACCAUUCAGCAGAUUCUCGCUUCCCGAGACCCCACGGAUUCCAUCAAAGCAUUUGAACUUCCCCCUCGUCAUUUUGCUCAGGAAGCCAGGUUCGUUCCUCGCGUGCGCCACGACUCUGAAGUUCUUGAAGAAGAGGGCUACCUACUAUUUUAUGUCUUUGACGAAAACCAACUGGACGAACAAGGUGAGUGCAGAGUGGGCGCAAAGAGCGAGUUGUGGGUCUUGGAUGCUAGCACAAUGGAUAGAGUUGUCUGCAAGAUCCAGCUACCCACGAGGAUCCCCUAUGGCCUACAUGGAAAUUGGUUUACUGAAGAGCAAAUCAGAAGGCAACGGGGUUUUGAGUCCGUGAGAACGGUAACAAAGACAAGCCACGAAACUGGUCAAAGUCGAGGCAAACAAAAGUUGAUAAGCCUCCUAGGCUGAUAGUUACAGAGCUUUUCUUUACAAUAAUAGUAUACUCGCUGAUCACGUAUGAUCAGCUUAAUUUCAAUAUGACAUCUGAAC